UCCCGCCGGGGCGAGGGGGGAGCAGCGGGGCGGCGGGACCGGAAGUGCGGCGCGCGGGGGGACCGGAAGUGCGGGGGCAGCGGCGGGAUGGGCCGCAGCCGGUCGCGGUCGCCGCCGCGCCGCGAGCGCAGGCGCUCGCGGUCCGCCUCGCGGGAGAGGGAGAGGAGGCGCAGGGAGCGGUCCCGGUCCCGCGAGAGGGACAGGAGGAGGAGCCGGUCGCGCUCCCCGCACCGCCGGCGCUCCAGGUCCCCGAGGCGGCACCGGUCCAGCUCUUCCUCGCCGCCGCGGCUGAAGGAGAGGCGCGACGAAGAGAAGAAGGAAAUAAAGGACUCCAAAGGCAAAGAGCGGCAGAUCACGGAGGAAGAUCUGCAGGGCAAGACGGAAGAGGAAAUCGAGAUGAUGAAGAUGAUGGGGUUUGCCUCCUUCGACACGACGAAGGGCAAGAAGGUGGACGGUGCUGCAAAUGCUUACGCCAUCAACGUGUCGCAGAAGAGGAAAUACAGGCAGUACAUGAACAGAAAAGGAGGAUUCAACAGGCCUUUGGAUUUCAUUGCUUGAUGCUUGGACUGGUCGCUUGCCGGUGGGAAAGGACUUCGGCAGCACCAGCGAAGAGCACUUGCUUUUACAUGUGCUGGUAGCUCAGAGACAGGAUCUUGGCGUCUCUCCGUACAAUGGAAUUGGUUAUUUAUAACAAAUCCAGAUGUACUCGCUCUGCCCCAUAGGAAGAGAGGGUAAAAACCGUUAUUUCCUAGAGUCUUUGGUUUUUAUAAUGUCCGGAUUGGUUUGUUGCUUGUCAGGAUUACCUGAUGGUUGUAUUUUUCUGGUUGUUUUUUUUUUUCUUAAAUAACUCGGUGUUGUCCGUUACAAUAAAAAUCUGUAUAUA